UCAUAUAAGUAGUCAGUUUGCAGUUGACUACUUGCAGUCACAUACUGGGCAUAGAAGAAACUAGAGAUUCCACAGAGACACAGCACAAAAUUAUAUAAUGCCAAGCUAUAAACUCACGUAUUUUAAUAUGAGGGGGAGAGCUGAAAUUAUUCGUUACAUAUUUGCAUAUUUGGAUGUAAAAUAUGAAGACCACAGAAUAGAACAAGCGGAUUGGCCUGAAAUCAAACCAACUCUUCCAUUUGGCAAAAUCCCCAUUUUGAAAGUCGAUGGAGUUUAUCUUCACCAGAGCCUAGCAAUAGCAAGAUACUUGACCAAAAACACAGAUUUGGCUGGAAAAACAGAACUGGAGCAGUGCCAGGUUGACGCUGUUGUGGACACACUGGAUGACCUCAUGUCACGGUUCCCCUGGGCUGAGAAAAGACAAGACGUAAAAGAGCAGAUGUUCAAUGAGCUCCUUACAUAUGAUGCACCUCAUCUUCUGCAAUAUUUGGACACAUACUUGGGGGAAAAAGAGUGGUUCAUUGGUAACUCUGUAACCUGGGCAGAUUUCUACUGGGAAAUCUGCAGUACUACACUUCUGGUCUUCAGACCUGACUUGCUGGACGUCCAUCCCAGGCUGGUAACGUUACGGAAGAAAGUCCAAGCCAUUCCUGCCAUUGCUGACUGGAUACAACGAAGGCCCCUGACCAGGCUGUAGGAGACGCCGGCUGCCUGCACCUGGUUGUUGCUUACAGCUCUGCUGCCCUCAGAUGAGCCUGCCUCACAGGCAUGCACUGCACCCCCACCGAGGCUUUCACCUCUGCCACGUUCUGUCUGCUUCCAAAAAAAAAAAAAAAAAGAGCAGUUAGUUGCAUCUUUUUUUUCCUUCCCAGAAUAGUUUCACAUCAUUUACAACUGAGGAAAAUUAGUUUAAACCAGGCCUUACUUUGCAUAGGUUCUCACGUGCAUAAAUUUCAGUCACAAUAGCUUAUUAAAUAACACAUUCCCCCCACCCCCAAAAUGGUUUGGACUUCAGUUACCAUGGUGUAUUGACAGUGGGUAAUUGCAUAAACUUUGCUGCUAGCUAUUCAGUCCGCAAAUCACUAUGUAAAUAAGGUGCACAGCAUGACCAUGACCGAUGAAGUCACUUCUUUCAAAGUCUGUUAGGACUGGGCACUGCACACCUGUGUGUUAUUCACGCACCGACGGUCAAGUGUGUAGCGGCACUGCCAGCUUGCUUCUCAGUGAUAAAGCAUCUUGGCAUUUUACACAAACCAGUAACUGAAAAAGGGAACUCACCAACAAAGAAGAAAGUGUAAUAAAGAAAUGAAAAGUGCUAAUACUGGGGUGAAACUCAAAUUGAACAUAAAUGGAAAGAACCGUGAGAAUGCUGACACUGAUGCAGGUCAACGGCCUCCAGACUCCAGCUGUGCAGCCGGCAGAACUGAGCGAGGUGCACUUACAGAUACAGAGGAGGAGAGUGCUGGAGACAAAGAUGAAGAUAUCCCAGAAGAAGUGAGAUGGGUAUAAAACUUUGUAUCAAGAGAGCAGAGAUCAAAAGAAUGAGAAGAUACACCACAGACUGGGUGAAAAUAUUUGUAAGACUUAUGAUAAAGGACUAUUAUUCGAAAAUAUACAAAGAGCUCUUAAAAGUCAACAAUAAAAUGAAUAAUCCAAACGCACAAUGAACAAAAUACCUGAGCAGACACCUCAGCAAAGAUAGAUGGCGAAUAAGCAUAUGAAAAGAUGUUCAAUAUCACAUAUUACUGGGGAACUGCAAAUAAAAACAAUGAGAUUCCACACCUGCCUGUUAGAAUGGCAAAAAUUCAAAACACCAUACAAACACCACCACCAAAUGCUGACAAAGAUGUAGAGCAACAGGCAGUUUUACUCAUUGCAGAUAGGAUUGCAAAAUGGUACUGAGACUGCUUGGCAGUUUCUUACAAAACUGAACAUACUCUUACCACACGAUCCAGAAAUUGCACUCUUUGGUAUUUACUCAAAAAGGAGUUGAAAAAAUGUCCACAUAAAAACCUGCACAUAGAUUUUGGUGGCAGCUUUGUUGAUAAUUCCCAAACUUGGAAGUAACCAAGAUACCUUCAAGUAGGUGAGUGGAUAAGUAAAUGUGGCACAUCCAAACAAAGAAAUAUUAUCUGCUUAAAUAAAAAAAAAAAAAACGAAAACCACCAGGCCAUGCAGACAGGGGAAAUGUAAGUGCGUAUUGCGAAGUGGAAGAAGCCAAUGUAAGAUGGCUGCACACUGGCUCACUGCCCCCCAGCAGCCCGUCCUUUUGCCAACUACCUCCUCUCCCCUGCACACCUUACCCUUGCCUUUCUCUCUCCUAAGCACCAAGCACGCUUCUGCCUCUGUAUCUUACUCCCUAAGCCUACGCAGCCCAGAUGGCUGACUUCUACCACGUCUGUACUUUUCUAAAUAAACUUCCUUAUAGGUAAUUUGAAAAAAUAAAACGACCGCAUACUGUAUAACUGCAGCUAUUUAACAUUCUGGAAAAGGCAAAUUUAUGAAGGCAGUAAAAAGAUCAAUGUUUCUAGAAGCUAAGGAGGGAGGAAUGAAUAGGUACAAAGGAUUCUCCCAUCAAAAUUGCUUUGAAUGGUGGAUUUGUCAAAUGUUUGCCACCAAGAAUAAAACCUAAUAUAAACUA